CGUACUUAUAUGAUGGAGGAUUGUGCUUCGUUACGACCUCGUUUCUCUCUCCCCUUUCCAGUUUUUGCCAGUGGCGUUGUCUGUUUUCCUUAAGGCUGGGCCUUUGACUGCUUUACCUUAAAAACUUUCAUUUCCGUUUCACCACUACCUCACAUUCCCAUCGUUCCGCCUCUCCUUUCCUACUAUGAAUCUCAGUCUUCCUUUCUACGCGCUUCUGGCAGGCCUUCUUUUUGCGCUGUCCGCUCAGGAUGCGGACGCCCACCCGAUCGUUAAGCGCGGCGGUAGCGUUACACUCCCUCUCAAACGCAUCCAGCAACGUUCAGAUCUUCAUCCCCAAAUCCUUCACCAGCAAAACCUCAAUCGUGCUCUUCGUCGUCUUGCCCGAAUGACUGGCAGACAAGGUCCCUCUGACGAUGAACUUCGGCGAAACCUCGAAAGGAGGGUCGCAUCGCUGGAGAAUGAUCCAGUCUACAAACGGUACAAUAGGUUCAUUCCUCCUGGGAACUCCAAGCGUUUCAACAGGGAAGGAGUAAAAGAUAGUCGUGUCAAUGCGGUCGUUACCAGAAACAAGCAUAACAAGAGCAACAACAAUGCCGUUAAGGGUACUACUACUUCAGCUACUGCUGUAACGGCUGCGGUCAGCUCGGCCGCUGCUGCAUCUACUUCCUCAGCUUCUAUUUCUGGUGAUGUCACGGUCGCGAACACCCCGACGACUGCCAAUUCACUUGGACUCGACAUCGAAGGUGAUGAUAUUGGUUACCUGGCAACGAUUCAGAUGGGCACGCCUCCACAGGAUUACUUACUGCUCAUGGACUCGGGAUCCGCUGAUACUUGGGUUGGUGCAGAGAACUGUCAAUCAACGAGCGGUGGAAGCUGUGGUAACCACACGUUCCUCGGGUCGACCAGCUCCAGUUCAUUCAAGGACUCCAACAAACAAUUUGAAGUUACGUAUGGUACUGGUGCGGUUCAGGGCACUAUCAUCCAGGACAACAUGGUUGUGGCCGGUCUGAGUUUGGACGCACAUACGUUUGGUGUCGCUACUACCGAAACUGUUGAUUUCUCCUCCGAUUCGGUUCCUUUUGAUGGCUUGAUGGGACUUGCUCAAUCCACGCUUUCAGAGCAGGGUGUAAGUACACCCGUUGAAUCAUUGGCCUCAGCAGGCCUUAUCGACGCUGCGAUCACAUCGUUCAAGAUUUCCCGACUUGCUGACGACCUCAAUGAUGGUGAAGUUACCUUUGGUGCCCUCGACACUUCCAAGUUCGAUUCUAGUACUCUCGUCACUAUAGACAACCAAAGCCAAGAAGGCUUUUGGGAAGGCGCUGUGGAUUCUAUCUCGGUUGAUGGCACCGAUACUGGUCUCUCCGGUCGUUCCGCUAUUCUCGACACCGGAACCACUGUGAUUGUUGCGCCCACAAGUGACGCUGACGCCGUUCAUAAACUGAUCUCUGGUGCGCAGUCAGAUGGUCAGGGAAGUUUUACCGUUCCGUGUACCACGAACGCCAGCGUAGCUCUCACCUUUGGUGGUCAAGAGUUCACAAUCGACCCUAAAGACUUGGCGUUCACACCCGUGGAUGCCAAUGACCCUACGGGCGACUGUGUUUCCGGUAUCUCUGCUGGAAGUGUCGGAGCUAAUAAUGAGUGGCUGGUUGGUGAUGUGUUCUUGAGGAAUGCAUACUUUAGUACCAAUGUCAACAAUAACUCUGUUUCUUUGGCAAAGCUUGUUUAAACUUUUAAGCCACCUCGGAUUACAGAUAUGUAUUAUGUCACAACUAGGCUCUCUGGGAUUGCCAAUAUAUUAAUAGGGGAUUGAAAGACCAUUAUUUAUUUAAUAGGUUCUUAUCAGUAUCAGCAUGAGCAAUACGUUGCAACAAUAGUGACAUCCAAGAGUUCAUUGUUCUUUGCGAGUCAGACCCU